AUGCGCCGGAUCUCUGGCACCAAGUGGGGGGCGGAUCGAGACCUUCUCUAUAAGUUCUAUACAGCUAUGGUUCGCAGCAAGCUCACUUAUGUGAGUGAGAUGUAUGGCUCGGCUUCUUCCUCCUCUCUUCAUCGCUUGGACAUGCCCCAGAAUUCAGCCAUCCAUAAUAUGCUGGGGGCAUUCCCCUCCACCCCUAUCGCAGCCUUGGAGGCAGAGUCGGGGAUAGUCCCUCUCUCGUCGUUCCCAAAAUCCUUGGCACUUUUGUGCUCUGCCCAUCCACGAUCACUGAGCAUCCUCGUUCGUCGGACACAAUCUCUCCUCCUGCACUGCUUGCGGAGCCCAGGUUGGAGCAUCUCCCUUCAGUGGGUACCUGCCCAUGUUGGAAUCUGGGGCAAUGAAGUGGCAGAUCGGGCGGCCUCCCUCACGCACACACUUCCUACUGUUACCCCUCUUGCCCUGGGCCACAGUGAUUUCACAAGGGCUGUUUGGAAGGGAAUCCGUCAUCAGUGGCAAGAGGGCCUUGCACACUCCCUCUCUUCUUCGGGGUUGGGCUCUGUCCGAACUUUUAAUGGCCCCUGCCCUUGGGCUCACCAUCCCAACCGCUUAGUGGACGUUGCACUGAAUCGCCUUCGAGUCAGGCACUCGCGACUGGUGGCUCAUCUGUACCGCCUUCAGAUGAUGGACUCUCCGUACUGCCCGUGGUGUCCCUCACAGCCUGAGACGGUGGAACACUUCCUGCUGUGGUGCCCACAUUAUCACUUUGCACAGACUACUCUCCGUGUGGCCUUGCGCACGCUUGGGGUGCACACUUUCACUCUACCUGUCCUCCUCAAUGGAGAGGGGUUUCGCCCUCUGGACUAUCAGGAGAUAUUGGCCUGUUCCUGCUCCUUCCUGCUGGCUUCAGGGCGUAUCAGAGACAUAUGAUACAUAGUUAUUAGUCAAGACGUUCUUCCACUUUGGUCGAUAUCCCCUCUCCUAGCACUGGACGGCCAGGCUUGAUACGGCGUAUGCUGUCAGUGGCCCUGAAACCCAACAGAAGAAGAAGAAGUGUGAACAUGCAAGAGUAUGAGGGGUGAGCCUCAUGACAAUUAAGGCAAGAGGGAGGUCGAUUGCAAGACAUAUUAGAAUGGUCAUCGGCACCACAGACUGGGCAUUCAGCUAUAGAUCUGCAAUAUUUCGCUGGAUGGCCAAAUCGCCAGCAAUUUCUACACUGUUGUGGUGUAGGGAUCACCUUUCGAACUUGUAACCGAUGUCCUGCUACAUAAACUGAGGAUGGGAGUUCACGGCUGUCAAAAGUUAAACAAGCCACAUUGCUAGGGUAUCGUCUCCGCCUGCGGGCAGGAAGAACAUAAGUGUCUACCUUGAGGAUUGGGAGAUCUUGGAGUUCCAGCUGUUCCAGAAUGUCAUUGCCACAUGUCUGGAAAUUUUGUUAAACUAUGGUAUGGGGCAGAAUGACAGUACCACUACAAGAAUUGAGGGAAUGAUGUUUUUCAAUAGUGACAGGAACAGUAUUGAUAUGGGAAAGAAGAGAAAGAUCAUGAGCUUGGGUAGCAUUCUGUACAGUGAUGAUGCGUGUACUGCUCUUAAGAGCAUGAAAAGAAAUAUCUUUACCAACAUGGCGUAGGAGUGCCUUGCCAAUACUAUGGUCGGAAAGAUAGGCAAUAGAGGAAGUUGGUCAGAAAGAUAGGCAAUACACAAAAAGUGAAGAAUUUAGUCCAUUGUGCAUUCUGAAACUGAGCGUGGAAAGGGAGUGCAGGAUGUGUCGAUCUUUUCUGAGAAGAACGAGAAGGUGGAGAAGUAUCAUCAGCAGGUAAUUGUCAUUGGCGUUUAGGAGUGGGACCAGAGUUGGUCCGACGUGGAACGGGCCGGCGAUUUAAAAAUUGCCGCACCGUAGAGGGAGAGGCCGGAAGCAUAGUCAAAGGAGAGCGGAGGUCAGAUAAAUCGAAGGAGUCAGUCGAGACCUCAGUACCUGAAGCGGGUGAAGAAACAGCACCAGCAAGAGGUACAGAGGCAUGAGGAGUGUCCGAAGAGUGGUCCAAAGACGAGGCGGGGUCAGAACGGGGUGCGGUAUCAAGAAGGUGCCCGGGGUAGCAGG